AUGCGUCACCAACGCGAGACUACACCUGCAGUGACAUUGUCAGUGAUCUCACCUAUUUCAAUAGUUUUCUUUUGGUACUGGUUGGACAAUGGUAUCAGUAAAACUCAUAACACCUGCUGUAUUAACACGUGUUCAACAUCUUCACAUUUCUAUUUGCCCACAGAACUUCGAUAUAUGUUCUCAGGCAACAGACUGGUCGUUUGUCUUCUCCUGAUCUCACACACAGCUUCUGCUGCUCCGCCAACCGACUGGGAUAUACGUGCCGAGGCACCCACUUUGCAAUGGCCUGCGACACGUAACGUCGAAAAUGGUGCAAUCACAUCUGUGAUAGAUGGAGAAAUCCAAAAGUCAACCUCACAUAGGGAUUGUUUGGAAGCUCUUAAAUACUGUGAAGAGAAAAAGGACAUAUGUAAAGUAGAUCUGGAAAUAUUCAGACAAUUUUGCGGUCACUGGUUUAACGAACGCAGCUUAAUUGGAUGCAGUGCACAAUAUUUCAAGGAAUGCCGUUCUGCUUUGCGGACUGUUAAUCUCGGACGUCCAAACUUACAGCACUGCACAUGUGAUGGAAAGAUCCGUCGUUCAGUGGAAGAACUGACCAAGUGUAACCUACUACGGCGGAAUUUAAACAGUCACCCAUGUUUGAAAGAACCACCUAUAUUUUUGCCUGUCUUUCCUCUUGUCACCACGGACGACUACCGUGAAACUCAUCGGGUAGAGGAAUUCAGUCCCUUCGAUCGUGGUGAACUGACUGACAACAAUUCGCACAGGAAAGCAUUUUUAACGGGGCCCAAAAAUGCGAAUUCAACUGGCCCAACUUUCACAGCUCAGAUAACCGGAAGUGGAUCACAUGCCUCCGAAUCGAACUCCAUAAUAAAGGCAGAUGCGAACUGGUUGGAAGAAAAUAUCUUGGUGCAAACUCUUUCCACACGAAAAUUAGACAGCUUACCUACUUCACCAAUCUACCAGAAUGAAAGCGGUACAGAAAAUGCGCCAUCCACUGGACGCACAAAUACGCGCGGUUCCACUGUUGCGUAUCCUCAGAAUUGCUUGGAUGUUCUGGAGGCAUGUACUCAGCAACCCUCCUGUGCGCGGUCAUUGAAUCGGAUGAGAGCACUCUGCGCCAAACGGUCAUGCGGAAAACUCAGACAACAAUGCUUGGCGGCACACACGGUAUAUCGAAGCCACAAGCUAACUCAGAACUGCACAUGCGAGAUGGAAAAAGAUAUUUCGCGCAAGAACCGCUGUCUGCAUUUCGAAGGGGUCGUUCGGAACGAAUGCGCAGAGAUGCAAGAACUUCCAGUCGACAGUAUGCAUGAUAUGAUUAAGAUGCACAGCCCCCCGUACCUUUUAUCAGGCGCUGGAGGUCCGGAAGGCGAAGUUGACUAUAAAUUGAGUCCAUACAGCAUAAGGCCUGCCAAUGAGACAACACUGCGCCUGAAGAAGAAGAACAAUCGAAGCACCAAGUCGCAUUAUUGCAGAUUUCUGUUGAUCUCUAUCCCGCUAUGCUGGAUCUCAUACCAGGAGUGA